UUAUAUUUAUAAAUAAUGUACGAAUUAUUUUUAGUAACAUUAUCGGCACAUGAUAAUAUAUCUAUACAUUCAUUGUAUUAUUUCAAUAGAUAGAUAUUUUUAUUAAAGAGGGAAAUACGUUCCGGAGCAAACUAUAUCGAAAUGUCCGGAGGAGCUUGGAGUCAAGGGCCACCAAGCUGGGUUCAAACAUCACCUAAAAUGCCAACAUCGCAAACAGAAGACAUAAAAACAAUACAGAGUAACGCGGAGUCGACUGGAGAUGACAGUCGGAAUCCCUCGGCGAAUCAGGUUAAUCGCACUUCAGCGGGAUUUGGCGGAGAUCGUCGAGAAGCCUUAAUCCGACCAUCUAGCAGCCAAAAACGUGCUACAGUUCGGCGUGAUACAUCGCCAUGGUACCCUGGGAAAGUGAACAGAAAUAGGAAACGAGAACAAUUAGAAUCACAGAAACAUACGAACAUGAAGUCAGCGUCGUGUGGUACGUCAUUGAACGAACGUGGGAACAAUUCGGAUAUUACGGUGGUGAACGUACAUAAGAAAGAUCUAAAUAAACUAGGUUACAAGGAUCUCGUCGAAUGGGUCAAACAGCCAAAUCAUUUAUAUAUCGGGCGUGACAUGACGCGCUUUGUACCGGGUGCCGUGCAUAGCAAAUGGCACAAUCCGAAUAAAUCCAAAAACGUUGGUAGCAGAGAACAAAGUUGUAAAAUGUUUAGAGAAUAUAUACUGGCCGAUAAAACUAUACAGAGCAAUGGUAAAACAUUGUUACAAUCACUAGGAGAACUGAAAGGCAAAACUCUCGGCUGCUGGUGUCAUCCGGAGAAGUGCCACGGACAUGUACUAAGGGAACUCGUGAAGGAAUUUUGUUCUUGACUCAGGGAUAAACUUAAUUCAGUUUAAUUCGUACACAUGCUGUCAUUGUCGUAACUCUCAGACAAAUGCUUAGACUUUGAUCUUAUAAUCUUGUGUAAGAUAUUUUUGUCCAACCUUUCAGUUUCUUGUGCAAGGCGGUAUCAUUGUUUGUAGAAGACUGCGUUUCUUAUUCUUUAGAGUUGUUUCCCCUUACUUGAUUAAUUUGUUAUACAUUUUUGAUAAAUUUGAUGUUGAUUCAUUUGUAACGUGACUGUAUUUAUUUUUUUAAGUAAUUUUAUUUGUGACUUCAUUUAUAUUUGAAUAAAUUUGAUCAAUA